CCGGUUAAGAGAGACUUUGGGGUUUCCAUGCCCCAGAAAAACGUCCCUAGUUCAGUUGAGAGUGACGAUAUCCAAUACAGUAAUUUACCUCCACAACUUUAUGGGACGCUGAAGAAAGAUAAAAAACCCUUCACGUACACUCCCGGAGGGAUCGAUUUGUCAGAGAUUAAGUCGACUCGAAUGGCCAAGAGGAUUAUGGCCAAUCAGAAAAAUCCUGGCGUUCCUCCUAGGCCUAAGGUUAUGGGAGGACCUUCUAGCCCAUCGAUUCAAAGUGAGAAACGAGGAGCUAUAAGACAGCCUGUAUUACCAGUAAUAGUAAACCAACAACCGGUAUUAACACCACUGUCAAACCUAUCAUACCCUGCAAACCUCCGAUUUAACCCACAGUCACAGGAGCUUCCGAAACCAUUCUACAAUGCGCCGAAUCUGGGCUCUACACCAUUCAUCGCUUUGGAUGCUAAUACAUCACAAACAGGAGACUCUAUCCGCCAAUUAGAAGGACUAAACUUGGCCAAUAACGAACAAGAUCCGCGCCACUAUAAUCCCCCGGAACAGUAUCCCAGAUCUUUACCCCGUAAUCAUGGUGUUCGUUACGACUCAGAUUCCCAGAAUCCCGGGAACUUCAGACAAUCCCGUUCCUUCUGGGUUCUGCAGAAACUCACAAGUACUGUUGACAGUGAUGCCCAGGAAGAAGAACCCCCUCCGAAGAAACACGAGGAAGACGAGAUGACAUUCAGUGGAUUGAAGAGAAGUAAAAUACCAUCUCGAAUGUUCCAGAACCUUCAGCGGAUGACCGACACUGCCGACGAACGUGCAACAGCGACCGCUAAUGUAUACCACGACAAUCCCGAACACUUCGAAAAAACAGCUAUCGAACCUCGAUACAAGGGAGGAAACGUAUCACAGCACUCCCUUAAAGUGUUACAAGAGAUAACAGGGACCAGCGAAGGAGGAGGAA